AUGCUUGUGGCUGUUAAUGCUUCUUGGAAGCUCCCAGUUGGGUAUUUCUUGACUGCUGGUAUAACUGGGGAGCAAAAAGCCAAGAUAGUUAGACAGUGCAUUGAUCUUGCUAAUUCAAGUGGUGUGAAAGUUGUUUCACUCACAUGUGUUGGUUCAGUUAGCAGUUUGUCAAUGGCUAGAUAUUUAGGCUGUGAUCUCAAUUGUGAAACUUUGAGAAGUUCUUUCUCAGUUGAAGGGAAUGAUCAUGAGAUGUCAUUAUUCCUAGACCCUCCACAUAUGUUCAAACAUGUGCAACUGGGUACUCACCUGCUUAGCAAUUCUGUGACAGAUGCUAUACAGUACUGUUGUGAUAUGAAACUCCCAGGAUUUGAAGAGGCAUCUGGAACAGUAAAAUUUAUACGCAUUUUCAGCUGUCUCUAUGUUGUCUGCAAUUACAGAAUACUUUUACAAAGUGGUUUCAAGAAGGCAUUAAAUACAGCAAAUUAUAGUGCUGUAGAGGGAUUUGUUUUAAAGGCACAGAAGUACAUCAAGGAACUCACUGUCAGUCCAAAUCCUCAAGCAAUCAAAGUUAUUGACUCAGAUAGAAAGACAGGAUUUAUUGGAUUUGUGUUUUACUCAUGUUUAGCAAAUUAG